UUUAAUAAUAUAUAAAAUUUAACAGCAUAGGUAUAUGUAAACAUUUAAGAUAUUAAUUGUAUAAUAUAGUGUGCUAGCAAAAAACUUAUUGAUUAAGACAGAUAUAGUAUUUAUUGGACAAUAGACAUUAAAAUGACAAUAAUACUAGGAGGUGGUAUGUCAGGUUUAUCAGCAGCUUAUUAUGCUGCUAAUGAUGCAAAAAUUGCUUCUAUUAUUUUAUUAGAAGCUUCUAAUCGUGUGGGAGGAUGGAUACGGAGUAAAAGUUCACCAAGCGGGGCAAUUUUUGAACAAGGACCAAGAACUGUUAGGCCAACUGGAUUAGCUGGCAAAAAUACUCUUAACUUAGUGGAGGAUCUCCAAUUGAAUGAUAAAUUAAUUCGUAUCACGUCAAGUCAUCCUGCAUCGCGAAAUAGAUUAAUUUACACAGAUGAGGCACUGCAUCUAUUACCAACUUCGUUAAAAGGCAUCUUCAAAACAACUUCGUUGCUAGAUCGUCCCUUGAUAAACUGUGUGUGGACAGACUUGAGAGCUCCCAAAGUAUUCAAAGAAGAUGAAAGUAUUUAUAGUUUUAUUCAGAGAAGAUUUGGCCAAGACAUUGCUGAUAAACUGAUUAGCCCAAUGAUCUGUGGAAUUUGUGCCGGAGAUGCGCGCAAGAUAAGCGUCAAUUUUUUAUUGAAGUCUCUAUUUGAGGCAGAGCAGAAACAUGGUUCUAUAAUAAAGGGUAUAUUGGCAGAGCAACUGAAGAAAAUCUUUUCAAAGUCAAAACAUAAUGCAAUAAAGAAAAAUGACAAUCUUGAUUCUGUGAGUUUAAAUCGGACUUUAGCAGACAGAGCUCAAAAAGAAAACUGGGCACUAUGGAGCUUGCAGGGUGGAUUAGAACAACUACCUCAGGCAUUAGCUGAAAAUUUAAAAAAACGAGGAGUAAAAGUACAAACUAAAAAAAAAUGUGAAAAAUUAACGUUUAAAUCAGAUCAUGUAGAGUUAUUGGUUAACGGUGGUAUUCAGGAAUGCUCACGCGUUAUCUCGAGUUUAUGUGCAAAAGACUUAGCCGGACUAGUGCAGGACCAACAUCCUACACUGUCAGCGGAGUUAAAGGCAAUACCUACUGUAACAGUAGGAGUAGUCAAUCUUGAAUUCCAGGGAGACAUUUUGCCUCUGCAGGCAUUUGGUUUCCUCAUACCUCCAAAAGAAAAUCUUCCUCUGCUAGGCGUGAUUUUUGACUCCUGCGUAUUUCCUCAGGAGUCUUCUACAGUGUUGACCGUAAUGAUGGGAGGUGCAUGGUUUGAGAAAUAUUUUGGACCGAAUCCGACAAAGGAGCAGUUGUUAAUGACGGCGAUUGAUCAUACGAAGGAUAUCUUACGUAUCACGAAAGAACCAGUGGCACAUAACGUUGUUGUUCUGAAAGACUGUAUCCCACAGCAUGUUGUGGGUCAUACCCAACGUGUAAAACGUAUCCACGAUUAUAUUUCCGCGAACCGUAUUCCUCUGGGACUGUGUGGUUCUUCUUACCAAGGUGUGGGACUCAACGACGUUAUUCUGUCAGCAAAACAGGCCGUUUGUGACAUUGUAAAAUAGUUGCGGAAUUUCUCAAGAGAUUCAUAUGUAGGAAACUCAUAACAAAUAAAACGAACGAUAAAACUACAUGCAAACAUUAUACAUGCUGAAACAUAACAAUCACACCAUGCAGAAAAAUAAUAUAUAACUUUGCAAACCUGUACA